AUGACGACAGAGAAGCUUUCAAAUGCUGAAAUUAAACUGAAGGAUUUGGCUCAUUCUUCUUUAAUCAAGUCUCAUCUUGAUAGAUUGCAUAUUCAGCAGAAGAUUUGUUUGGAGUCUCUUCAUUAUGUCCCGAAUGAUAGUACCUUGAAUGCUUCCUCGAAAGAUAUUAAUCACAAGAUUGCAGAUUUCUCUAAUAUUCUUGCUUCUUGGGUUAUUCAACGAGCUAAAUUUCAUGGGCUUAAGAAUGGGGAGGAUGACCUCAAGUUUCUCUAUGCAAAAUUUAGGAAUAGGCAAGGUAGCAAUAAGACUGCUGUCAACUUGCUAGCCACCUCUCCUAACACUGACAGAAACUCUGUGGUUAUUAACUCUACAAUCCAGCACUUUCAAGCCAUUUACAAUCCUUCCCCUCCUUCAAUUUUGGAUGUUGGUCUUUUUCCUAUUGGGGCUUGUUUUCCUGAAGCUUAUGAAAUUCUUAUUACACAAGCUAUUUCUGAAGAGGAGAUUAGAAAUGUGGUUUUUAAGGGGUGCUCUACCUCUUCCCCAGGACCGGAUGGGUUUAAUUUCUACUUCUAUAAAACGGCCUGGCACAUUAUCAGUCCUAUGGUAGUUAAAGCUGUGCGAUCCUUCUUCCUUAAAGGAUAUCUUCCUAGUGGGGUUAAAUCUAUUGCUCUUGCUUUAAUCUCUAAAUCUAAGAAUGUUGAAAAUCUGCAAGAUUUUAGGCCCAUUAUAUUAUGCAACACUUUAUAUAAAAUUAUUGCCAAGGUUAAUGUUAAUAGGAUUAAGCCUAUUAUGCCUAUUAUUGUUAAAGAUAAUCAAUCUGGUUUUAUCAAAGGCAGAGUCUCUAUGGAUAACAUCAUUCUUGCUAAUGAGCUUCUUUCUAUGGUUCGCAAAAGAGGAAGUGCUAAAUUUUUUUGUGCAAAAUUAGAUAUCUAUAAAACUUUUGAUACUGUAUCUAGAGAAUUUUUACUUGCUAGACUUACGCAGAAAGGAUUUCUUCCUAUUAUGGUGAGCUGGAUUAAAGCUUGUAUCUCGGUUGUCAACCUCUCCUUAAUUAUUAAUGGGGCUCUUGAGGGCUAUUUUUCCACCACGGCUGGCCUCAGGUUUUUGGCUCCCCUCGUGCGAGCUUCCCUUCUUUAG